UUAUUGGAAACUACAACUCCCAGAUAGCCUUGCUGACGAAACGCACUUCCGGAUUUCUAAAAAAGGUCAGGCACGUCACUUUUUGUUCUUAUGCAACAUCAUUCCAGGGGUGGCCUGGCAACCGUGUGACGUAACCUGCCGUGACAGCGGAGGCAGGCAGGCACUUUAUCUGUAGCCGGUGUACUUGGCGGAAGGUCAGCUUUUUUGACAGGGACGUCGUCAGUAAAAGACGGAAAGAUAUAUAUAUAUAUUUAUAUAUACAUAUAUUAGAAAUGUCAGUUUAUCGCUGACAGUUAGCCGUCGACAGUCGGGGACUGCUGGAAUUGGAAAACGCCUUUUAUUUCUCGUUAAGCGGCUCUCUAACCUGCUUCGUAACCGUGUCGUACUGUUUGAAGUGUCCGCCGCUUCCCGCAGCCGGUCUUCUUUCCGUUUAACCGCCUGAACGGAGCGGCGGCUGAGUUUCUGUCGGUUGGACUCUCGUCAGUCUCGAGAUGACGGCGAGGAGCAGGAUCCCGCCGUGCGCGCGGAAGCUGAGCGAGUUUCUCGAGAUCGGAACGCCGCUGCGCACGAGCCGGAGCCCCGCCGCCGGGUACCCGACCCGAGCGAGGCAGCCAAUCAGCAGGUACCUGUCUUCCUGCGGAAUGCUGAUGACCAGGGCUCCCAGAAGGCUGUGCAGCAUAGACUGGGACGCGACCCUUCACCCCAGCAGGUCGUUCAUCAGUUUCACCAACCCGCUGACCAAUAAGAGGAAAGAGUACUCCGAGCGCCGGAUCCUGGGGUACUCCAUGCAGGAGAUGUACGAUGUCGUGUCGAACGUGGACGACUACAAGGACUUUGUUCCGUGGUGCAAGAAGUCCGUGGUGGUGCUGAAGCGCUCCAGUCACGCCAAGGCCCAGCUGGAGGUGGGCUUCCCCCCCAUCGUGGAGUGUUACACCUCCAUGCUGUCCCUGGUGCGCCCCCACCUGGUCAAGGCUGUGUGUACCGACGGCAAACUGUUCAACCACCUGGAGACGAUGUGGCGUUUCAGCCCCGGGAUCCCAGGAUACCCGCGCACCUGCACGGCCGAUUUCUCCAUCUCCUUCGAGUUCCGCUCACUGCUGCACUCCCAGCUGGCCUCAGUGUUCUUCGACGAGGUGGUGAAGCAGAUGGUGGCCGCGUUUGAGAGGAGAGCUGGGAAGCUGUACGGCCCGGAGACGCGCAUCCCGCGGGAGCUCAUGUUCCACGAGAUCCACCAAACGUGAGGCUCACCCUGGCUGGGACCUCCCUCACCCCUCCCUCCCUCACCCCCUCCCAUACUCGCCAUGCAGGACAGCCGUGAACACACACAACACACCCACAGAGCCAGCAGCAGGCUGGUCAAACUCCUGUUCAAAGCAGUUCUGAGCCAUGCCAGGUUUCACCAGUAGCAGUAACAGGAGCCCUGCUGAGCUCCACUGAGGUCAGCAGCUUCAUAAAGCACACACAGACCCUCAGUGCGAAAUGUUUCAUCUGUAAGACAAUACUAAUCAACACCUAGGAUGACCAACGACAAUACAUCUGUUUUCAGUCCUAAAAGACCUUCAGUGAUACAGAAAGAAGCCGCGUUGGUUCUAAAUGCCUCCCCCAGACCUUCAGAAAAUGUGGUGUGUGAGGCCUCAACCGUUCCAGACUGAACAGGAACGGGCUUGAUGUGAAACCAGGACUGGCUCAGACUGAACAGGAACGGGCUUGAUGUGAAACCAGGACUGGUUCGGACUGAACUGGAACGGGCUUGAUGUGAAACCAGGACUGGCUCAGACUGAACAGGAACGGGCUUGAUGUGAAACCAGGACUGGCUCGGACUGAACUGGAACAGGCUUGAUGUGAAACCAGGACUGGCUCAGACUGAACUGGAACGGGCUUGAUGUGAAACCAGGACUGGCUCGGACUGAACUGGAAUGGGCUUGAUAUCCUCAAAACAGCUGCAUCGAGCCUCCAAUCUCUUAGUUCUUAUUUAUUACUAUAGAUACUAUUAUUAUUACUAUUAUUAUUAUUAUUAUUAUUAUUAUUAUUAUUAACAGCAGCAUGAUACAGCAAUAUCUAAUUUAUAAUCUUUAACACCGUGUGUGAGUGUGUGUGUGUGUUAUAUAUAUAUAUAUAUAGAUAGAUAGAUAGAUAGAUAGAUAUCUAUGCAUGCGCAUGAGAGAAAGGACUUCUCUGUAUUGUGUAUAUACUAUAAUGAUGGGAACUUCUGUAAGAAAAACAGUUUGCAACGUGCUUACAUACAAGAGCUACAUAUUGGACCAUUUUAGUUUUAAAAGAGAGAAAAAAAAAGUAUUUUUAAUAUUUGUUUUAAAUAAAUAAGCUUGUGGUAAAAUCUGGAAUGGCUCAAACAUCUAGAGAAGCGGGGAGUCUAAAUGUCAUUCUGGUGCUUCCAGGUCAGGUCUGUUAUUCUCAGGGUUCAAAAAUAAAUGCAUCAUCAUAAUAAUAAUGAGAGAGUACCUGAACAGGUGUGGGUUGACAAAUCAAAAGGUGUUGAUCGUGAGAGAGAGAGAGAGAGAGAGAGAGAAGGAAGGAAAGAAUGUCUUUAUUCACAUUAAAGGGCAUGUUUUAUGGCAAGAGAAAAACUAAAUCAAAGUAGGAAAGUCUUUUUUUUGACCGCGCUGGUGAGCCCUUUUUGGGUCAGCCACGUUGGAGAGAUGUGAAGAUCCAGUCUCUUGUGCAGUUGGUGGAUUUUGUGAGUUUUCAAAUAAACCAAUCAGUGCUUUCAAACCUGCAUUCACAAUCCGUUACUUUUCAACAGCCAGGAGACUGACACCCUCACACACAAACGCCUAAACCUUCACGACAAAACCUUCUCCGUGUUCGACCUGGAGUCCCGGUGAUUCGUGCUCCACCUGUGCAGCGAGGCUGUGAAACUCUGUGCCUGGGGCAUUGAAACGUCUGUGACACAGGAUUAGCCAGCGGGAUCAGUUACUGCUGGGCAAGCCCGAUGCUUCUCGGUGCCCAAACGACUUCAGUGUAGCAGACACGCGUUUCCAGGUCCACCUGCCUCUCAGCUUCCAUGCCAGUAACUGUGUCGGUGUCUCACAUCAGCGGCUCCUGUUUCGAUGUCGUCGUAGUUCUGAUCCAGUCGAUGCUGUUCUGUUUUUUUUUUUUUUUGGUGUGCGUUUGGGAAUUGACAAGGGAAGCCAAGCCUUUGAGGCUCAUAAGCCGGUGUUGCAUCAUUUGUAUUCUUGUGUGUGUGUUUGAAUGAAGGGUAAUCUCCAGUCAGCGUUUCUGUAAUCAGUGUCCGUCGUCCACCCCCUGAAAUGUAACAUCCCUUUAUUAAAACAAAGACAAACCUUUGACACAGCUACAGCAUGAACUGGUUCUUCCCUAGCGAGGCUGUAUGCAGUUUUGUUUUUGACCAAUCAUACAAUAAAGACCUGCUUUCGUUGUUAUUGUCCCCCUCCCCCAGAUGUAACGGGGUCGUGCCUCUUGUUUAUUUGCUGCUGUUUGUUUGUUUGUGAUGCUGUGUAUUUAUUUGCUGUUCUCUCUUCUUGCCAGUGCAGAUCAGUGAGAACACAGUCCCAUCAGCUCAGCUGUAGAGCUCAGACUGUGCAGCGUACCGCCCUGCAGCGCAAACGUGUAGCAUCCCCCUGUAGAAUGAACACACGCUGCUUCAUAAAGUCACAUGAAACCUGCUGAAUAAUGUUACGCUGACAAAUUGAAUCACAGACCGCUGCUUUGUAGUUUUAUCAUAUACCUAACCAAAAAUGUGACAUGGAACACAGGACUGCUAUUAUAGCUUCUGGGAGACUCAAUACCAUUUUGUUCUUUCUUUCAUUACAUAAUGUUAAAUAAAAGAUUUAAAUUAUGUUCA